AUGGCAUCGGCGUCCGGCUUCGAUCUUUCAGAAGGCCCAUUCCGAACUACGGUUGGAAUGACGUACGCAACGGGGUCGGACAGAGCAAACCUGCAGCGACAGCGAGGUGGUCGUAGCGUUGGAGCCUCGGAGCCGGAAGCGAUGCUAUCCACCGCGCACCACCGUCGAGUCACAGAAAUCAAACAAUUGACUCACAAGCAAGGGAGCCAAUGGGGGUGUCCCGACGAGAAAUGCUUCGGCGCGUCUGCCAUCAUACUGAGGUGGGCGCAGUGGCUGGUCGGCUGCUACUGGCUGCGACCAGAGGCCGCUUCUGACAAAACCGGUACGAUGACGGUACUACGACUUCAGGCGGAAAGCAGUUGCGGCCAAUAG